CCUCCUCUUUACCAACUGAAAUUCAAACACAUCCCCCAAAAACCAUGACUAUUAUCACAAUGUCUCGAUCAUUUUACCCUUCUACGCCAACCCUAAUCUUCAAAUCAAUAACCACCCAAGAACCACCAUCAUCCGUCGUUGCUGCUCCUUCAAGAAGAAGAACCACCACUGCUAACAUGUCUGCUCUCGAAGCUCGUGUAUCUCUUAUCUUCGCUCUCGCCUCCCAAACUAGUUCCGUUUCUCAGAGACGUAAAUUUUUGGCGGAUUUGGCAACAGAGACGGCUAAGUACGUGUUUCCCAAGAGAUUUGAGAGUCGGAAUUUGGAGGAAGCUUUGAUGUCAGUUCCGGACCUGGAAACCGUCAAGUUCAAAGUUGUGAGCAGAAAUGAUCAGUAUGAGAUAAGAGAACUUGAGCCUUACUUUGUAGCUGAGACUACAAUGCCUGGAAAAUAUGGGUUCGAUCUAAAUGGUGCAUCUCAAUCAUUUAAUGUACUAGCCGAGUACCUGUUUGGUAAGAAUUCAGCAAAUGAGGCAAUGGAGAUGACAACUCCUGUUCUCACACGAAGGACCGAAUCUGAUGGGGAGACGAUGGAUAUGACUACUCCUGUGAUAACAAAGAGGAUGGGAGAUCAAGAUAAGUGGCAAAUGUCCUUUCUCAUGCCUUCAAAAUAUGGUUCCAACUUGCCACUGCCAAAAAACUCUGCUGUAACUAUCAAAGAGGUGCCAGGCAGAACUAUGGCAGUUGUUGCCUUUUCAGGUUUUGUCACCGAUGAAGAUGUUAUGCGUCGCGAAUCAACACUUAGGAACGCCCUAAAGAAUGAUAGUCAGUACAAAGUAAAAAGUGGUGCAUCGGUGGAGGUUGCACAGUACAACCCACCAUUUACACUCCCAUUUACACGACGUAAUGAGAUUUCCCUACAAGUGGAAAGGAAACAAGAGUAGCUCCUCAUUCUACUAGAGUCAAGAGCUUGGGGACACAGACGCAUGUGUUUUCUAUGGAAACAGAAGUAAUGAGUUCUCAAUGUUUGUCGACAGAGUCGCUUACAAUAUGCAAAGUAUGAUGCUUAAGUUCUGUUGAUAUGUUGGCUGUAUAUAACAUAUAGGAUUGCUUUCUCCCCAUGAGGGGCAUGAAGUAAAAGCUACUUAUUCACAUUAUAAAUGUAAGCACUCAACAAUUGUUUGUAAAAAAAUGAUGGGUUUUGUUUAGCUCCUUUCUUGUUGGGGCUUAAUAUUUGAUGCCAACAAGAAAUUAGAUCUUUG